UCUAAAUCAACUCUUCAGUUUUGCAUAUGCUUGGUCUACAGUUGACCAAUUCUUCUCCCGAAAAUCAUCUUUAAAACCAUCCUUUUAGCUAAUUCUUUGAUUGCACAAGAAAAUCAUUCUCCAAAACAAAGGAUUUCCUGUUUUGAAUGCUCUGCAAUUCGAUACAGAGCACAAACAAACAGCAUUAAAGCAGAUUUUAUAGAGAAAAAUGUUUUCAGGCUCUGUGAAAAUAGACGAGAAAGGAAAGAAGAAAAAUUUCACAGACUCGGAUGGAUCACCUUUGCGAUCGGGCAAUUCGAAGGCGUCGCAGGGCGCGAGUUCGAAACCCGUGCUGAGCCGUUUGCCGAAAAUGGUGUCAAUCAUAACAGGCUGUCACAUGGCUCCACUCAGUCCAGGCAGAGACUAUGGCUGUAGACAUAACAGACCAGGAGGCUUUCGAUGCCACACUUAUUUGAUUCCCAAAGAAGCCAUGGAAAAGAAGGAUGAUCGCGGGUUCGAACCUCUGGAGCCGACGUCUCCCAAGGUGUCGUGUAUCGGGCAAGUGAAGAAGAAAAAACAGGCCCUCGAGGCAAAGCAAAGAUGGAGGAGGUCUCAGGAUCGACCCCGGCUGCUGUCACAAACCAGGCCCCUUAUAACGCGUCGCGGCCCUAAAUUUUCCAAGAUGAAAUCUUUUUUCUCCGGCAAGAAAGUGACGGAAUCGGCCUUUUGCGAGUCUCCAGAGAUUGAUGUAACUAAUUGCCCUUCCCUAGGGCAAAUGAAACGGUUUUCCUCCGGUAGGCGGUGCGAUGCACUGGAAAAUGUUUGCAGAGAUUCACAGAAAUUGACAGAAAAAUGUAGUGAUGAAAAGAUCGAUGCAAAUUUAUCGCCUGUGAUGUUUUAUUCAGGGCCUCUGAUAAAUGAAAGGCCAAAGACUGAAAUUAAUUUGUGGAAGCGCCGUUCUAUUGCGCCGCCCAUGGCUUUGAAUCUCUCAGCUUCUCAUGGAUUGGAGACCAGAAUUCCUUUAACGACAUGAUUGUAGGAAUUUUGUUUAUUUUUUUUAUUUUUUACUAUUUCUAGAGAGACGCUUCUUUUGUGAGCUGUUAAAAUUUGUAUAGCGACUUGUUCAUUCAAUUGGCUUGUAAUGAGGAAUAUUAAUAUGUUGAACUUUA